CAGCUGCUGAGACCUCAGCAUCCGCUGCAUGUCAUCCGUCAACCUCUCGCUACAAACACUGGCCUGACCCAUUUAUCAUACCUACUUUCUCUUACGAUGUAGAACUAAAGCUCAAAAAAGGCAAUGAGAUGUAUCAAAGAGAUGGUUCUCUACUGACUGUUAAUUCUGCUAUGAAGAGGGACAUACUCGACAAGGUCGCAAGUGCUAUGUAUGAGUACAAUGCAUAUCCAAAAACCAAGCAAAUUGAGGAUGUUGCUCAAGUCCUCAUCAAAAAGCAUCCCUGUUUGAGAGAGCCAGGAUCAACCCAUGGGUGGUACUGCUGGAAGUUCAGCCUUGCUUUUAAAAUGGGCAACCUCCGUCAGAAGUAUCGUAUUGCAGGAUGCCCAGAGCUUGCAAUCAAUCAUAAGAGAUCUACAGGCACAUCAUUGGGGAAUAAGAUGAAGAAAGCAAAACGAUCAGAGCUGAACUUUUUGCCAGAUUUUCCGGAUGGGAAGUCUUCUGACUGCCUUGAACUCGAGAGAUUAACUUUGAUGGAAGAAAUGAAGAAAAAGAAGAGAGACAGGAAAAUGAUAGAUUCUCUGAUGGAGAGCACCUUUGCUUUGCGAAGGAAGGAGAUUGUUCAUGGUGAACCUCUUGUGUCUGAAAUCAAAGACAGAUGGCCUGCACUGUUUUUAAAAAAACAGAUUGGUGCUGAGUUUAUGCGCCUGGUUUCUACUGAUCUUCAGCAGUCUUUCUUUGAUGGACUUGACAAAUAUGUCCCAAGACUUUUACAGAUGUACAGAGUGCGAACUAGUAGCAGUUCUGACCUGCGCAGUCUCCUUGAACCCCUUGAUGCACAAACUUCAAACCAGAAGAGACGAGCAGCUGCUUUGCUUGGACUGCCAUUUUACUUAAAGGAGGAUCCCAGCAGUUUCAUCCGUGUCUGUGAGGCUGACAGUUCAGAAGAAGAUGCUACAAAAGAAGUUGAUGUUGGCAUUCUCAUCAUCACUGAAGAAGGCGGGAGCAGCAGAGCAUUGCUAGAAAGGGAGAUGGUGGAUGUUGCGGUGGUUCUGGAGGAGAAGAUCGUCAAAUGUGACCUUGGAGAUGUUGCUAAUGCCUUUGCUACACUUAUGGGUCUUCUUUACUGUCUUGACAUAGACUAUCCCAAGACACUGAAGUACACAUUCGAGUUCAUACAAAAAGUGUUCAUGGGCAUUGGCAGUGGCAACUGUUCUGCGAAAGUCAAUGGACUCCGCAACCGUUUGCUUCAAGACAACGUGUAGUGGCAAGUUGGCCUAGUUAUUGUGAGCAAUACAGUUUCAGUUGGUAUCAGUGAUUUUGUUAGUUAUACCAAUGUUUACUGUUUGCACGACAAGUUGCAUCACACCACCAUUUUGCAUGGUUAAAGUUUAACAUGUGUUCUAAAAUGCUGUUAAGUUAAGCCUCCAAAACUUGUUGAAUGUACAAGGUUUUAUACAUUUUUCU